CUUCUCCACUCUUCUUUCUUUGCUUAAAUUCUCUUCUUUUCACCGCCGGCGACCUUCUCCUCCUCUUCCACCGCCGGAAUCGGCCUCCGACACCACUUCUCCAGUCCUACAGUUUUAAUUAAUAUAUAAAAUUAUUACACAAAUUAAACCAUGGACUUGUUUAUCAUUGCCACAAUUUUCAUCGUGCUUCUUUCCUAUUAUGCAUUAUCUUCUUCAAUAAUCUUCCGCAGUCCCAAAUCUCGUUCUAAAGGGCGGCUGCCGCUAGAAGCCGGCGGCGCGUUGCCUCUGAUAGGCCAUACGCACCUCAUGAGAAACAACUCCCCCGACAAGCUGGCGCACAUCACCUUCACCGCCAUGGCUGACACCUACGGCCCCAUCUUCAGCAUCUGGUUCGGCCGCCGGCGAUGCCUCAUCGUCAGCGGCCGGGAAUUGGCCAAGGAAAUAUACACCACCUGCGACACGGCCGUGUCGUCCAGACCGAUACUGAAGUCGGGGGAACUCAUCAGCUACGACUCGGCAAUGAUAGGGUUCAGCAAGUACGGGCAGUAUUGGCGGGAGGUCAGAAAGCUGGUCAGAAUGGAGCUCCUGUCCAUCCGCCGCCUGCACAUGCAGAGGCACGUGCUCGCCUCCGAGACUGCGCAGUCUGUCCGGGAGCUGUACGGUGUCUGGGACGCGCGGAAGAACGCGUCGGGAAGUGCUCCGGUGGAGAUGAUGGAGUGGUUCGGGAAUCUGAAUCUGAACGCGGUUUUGAGGAUGGUUGUCGGGAAGAGAUAUACCGGCGAUGACCUGGCGGAGGCGAAGCAUUGCCGGAAGGUCAUGAAGGCGUUCUUUGAACUCAUCGGAAUUCCCACCAUCGGCGAUGUCGUCCCGUUUCUCCGGUAUCUCGACAUCGGCGGAUUCGAGAAGAAGAUAAGACAAACGUUCUACGAAAUGGACGCUCUCAUCUCUAAAUGGUUGUCCGAACAUCGCGCCGCCGCCGCCGCCGGGGGAAAGCAAGAUGACUUCAUGGAUAUAAUGAUUGGAGUCGUCAAAAGUGCAAAGCUUGGAAACGAGUACGAUGAAGACACCAUAAUCAAAGCCACUUGUGCGAAUUUGAUAUCGGGAAGUGAUACGAACACAGUGAUGUUAGUAUGGCUGCUGACCCAUUUACUCAACAACCCUAAAGUGCUAAAGAAAGCCCAGCAAGAGCUCGAUGAGAAAGUCGGGAGAGAGCGGCGGGUGGAGCCGUCGGACAUAGACAACCUCGUAUACCUCGAAGCCGUCGUGAAAGAGUGUCUCCGGCUGUACCCGGCGGGGCCGUUGGGCGGGAUACGAGAAUUCAACGAAGACUGCAACGUGGGAGGCUACGAAAUAGAGAAAGGCACGAUAUUCUUCAUCAACAUAUGGAAGUUGCAGAGGGAUCCCCAAAUUUGGGAGGAUCCCGACAAGUUCUUGCCGGAGAGGUUUCUUACCAGCAACAACCAUAACGAUUUCCAGUGGGUCCCGUUCGGCGGCGGCCGGAGAAUCUGCCCCGGAGCAAAUUUGGCGAUGGAGAUGAUGAAGCUGGUGAUGGCUAAUUUGCUGCAGGCAUUUGACAUUUCGACGCCGAACGAUGAAGCCGUUGACAUGACUGCAAGUCUUGGUAUGACACUUGCCAAAACCACUCCAUUAGAUGUUGUGCUUUCCCCCAGACUGUCUGCUUCUCUCUAUUAAUUAUUACCAAAUCUUAUUAUAUGCUAUGCUAUGGUUUAACUUUGUUUAGAUAUGCACUACGAGUAUUUUGUUAUAUAUAUAUAUAUAUAUAUAGGCUAUGGUUUGAUAUUCUUUUUGGAUAUGUAAUCUUGAACCUGUUUUAAGGAAUAAAUGUUGUGAAAUGUUCUGGAAUUGUGUUAUUGUACUCAGAUAUGCUUCGAUUGAGAUUGUAAUGUUUUAUGGUUAUAAUGUCAAUCGUUUGUUUGAUUGUAUCU